AAUUGGAGUGAAUGAAUUCGAAUAUUAUCCUAAUCUUUGAUCAAUCAAUUCGGAGAAGUGAGCGUGACUAAUCAAAUCGACCAUAAUGAUUCGUCCUCGCGUCUUCAUCCUUUACCUUCUUCCUCUGCUCUUCUCCAUUUUUCAGGUCGAAUCCAACGGUCUAGAAAAUGAAACCUUUGUGUAUUGUUCCACAAGCAAGUGCGGAAAUCAUGAAGUUAGAUAUCCAUUUUGGAUCAAAAACAACGCAAGCACUGCUUUUACACAUUGCGGGUACCAAGGUUUCGGCCUGGACCUGGAUUGUUUUCCACCACCACCUAAAUCAACCACCCAUGGCGAUCAACAUGAUUGGGCCCUUUUCCUUUCACUCCCUUACGAUUUUCUCUUUGUUAAGAACAUAAAUUGCAUCGCAAAAAUCUUGACCCUGGUUGAUUUGGAAGUUCAACAUAACAUCACUUGUCUAAAGGCAAGUCACAGUCUAACUUUUGAGGAUUUGCCAUUGGGUUAUAACAGGGCAGAUUUGAACCUUACUUUUUACUUCAAUUGCACUCGUCCACUUACCUUCUCGAAUGAUUCUACUCCAAUGUACCGCAUUGAUUGUUUAUGCUGAGGUGGGAAUGUGUCUUAUGUUUCUUUGGACACAAACAAUCAAGAGGAUUUUCAUUCGUCUGGCAUUUGUGAGGAAAAAGUUGUGGCGGCUGUGAUCGAUCCGAAACCAGAACAGGGGUAUCCUCAUGCUCUGGAUUGGGGAAGAUCAUUUGGAAAGGCUAUGAAUGAAGGGUUUUUGUUGGAUUGGGGUACUGAUAAGAAAUGUACUUCUUGUGGAAGAUUCUGGUGGACUUUGUGGCUUCAAGGAGGUUACGGAGAAAUUCUUAUGUUUUUGCAAUGAUGGCACCACUAAUCCUGAUCAAUGCAAUAGAGGUAAUUAAUUACUCCUUUUGCCCAAGAAUUAUUGUCCGGUAUCAAUUUUGUAAACAUAC